AUGUGCCAUCGACUCUACCCUUGGCAAGUGAUUGAGAUGCUGAAUCGACUGUAUUGCGUCAUGGACUUUCUGGGAGAACGAUACGGCAUCUUUAAGAUCGAAACUAUCGGGGAUGCCUAUGUCUGCUCCUGUGGGCUCCCCCAGGAGGAUGAACAGCAUUUCAUGAAAGUUGCCCACUUUGCCAUUGCUGUCAACCAUUGUUGCCGGCAUGUCGUGUCGCCAGUCGAUGGAUCUCCAUUGCAGCUACGGAUAGGAAUCCACAGUGGGUCAUGCGCCUCAGGGGUAGUUGGGACGAAACGGCCUCAGUAUUGCGUGUUUGGUGACACAGUCAACACAACUGCACGCCAUGAGAGCACAGGAGAGCCCGGAAAGGUGCAAUGUUCCAGCACCACACGAGCGCUACUAGAGUCCCAUUGCAAGGGUUCUUUUGUCCUGAAAGAAAGGGGUUUAGUAAGCAUGAAAGGCAAAGGAGAUAUGAAGACUUGGUGGUUGGAGGGGCAUGAAAGCAACGAUGUGGUGAACCGGUCCGCUCUGGAAAAGCUUGACAAAGAGAUCCUUGAUCUUUUAGCAAAGAGCAGCUUCAAAACCAAGUUUCGCAAAGAGUAUGAAAGCAUUUUCCCUGCCGAUAUUGCUGAAGAGAUCCAAAACGAGAGAAAACGUCGCUUCAGCAUCAUCGGCAGUUUGAACAGCUCAUCGUCCUUUGCUUCCAUCACCAAGAGGUUUUCGGUUGAUUUUUGA